AUGUCGGCAGCAAUUACACAAGUACAAUCAAUUCAAUUUUUAACACAAAAUUUAUGGCUGACAAAUACAGGUCGACCACCGAAACGAAAAGCCGAACGUAUUCAAGACUUUUUAUUCCAUAUAAAUAAAUUUGAUAUUCUAGCAUUACAAGAAGUAUUUUUAUUUGGGGAUGGAGGGUGGUUUGUUAAUUCAGCAUUAAAUAAACAAAUUAUAUUGGAUCAUGCCAAAAAAAUGAAUUUUCAUUAUAUCGAUACACCGAAGCCAUCAUUGUUUUGUCAAGAUUCUGGUCUUUUAAUUCUAAGUAGAUAUCCAAUUGUUGAAAGUCAUUUUAAAAGAUUUCAAAACUGUAGUCUAAGUGAAUGGAUUAAUAAUAAAGGAGUUUUGCAUGCCAAAAUUCAACUUCCAAAUGAUAAGAGGCUACAUGUUAUUACAACACAUUUAGAUGCACAUCAAUCAUCGAUAAGACAAUUACAAAUCGAAGAACUGAAAGAAAAUCUGAAGAGUUGGUUAACAAAAGAAGAACAAGAAAAUGAUCCUGUUAUUCUAUGUGGUGAUUGGAAUAUUGAUAGUAUUCUUGGAGAAGAAUCAUAUGUUAACAUGAUGAAUACACUUCCAGAUUUUGAUCAUAUUUUUGAUAAUACAAAACAACAUCCAAUUACAUUUCCGUUAAACAACGCUUGUUUAGAUCAUAUUCUUAUUUCACGAAAAUAUGUAAAAUCAAUUAGUCAAUGCAACAUCGAAGAAUUAAGGGGAUUUGAAUCUCAACAGCCGAUUUCCGAUCAUUACGGUGUUUCAGUAAAAUUAAACCUUUAA